UGGACGACGACGAGGAGGUGGAGCAAAAUUAUGAAUACCAGGAAGGUUCUCGUAGUAGAAGUAGUUCUAGUUCCAGUUUCUCUUCCUUCGCACAUCAAGAGGGACCACCUCCCUCGAUGUCCUCCCAGUCGUCCUCGUCAUCUCUGCGGCCCUACACUGCGGAUUUUGUGCAACUGGCGUACCGAAACGAGGAGUCCGAUUGUUGGAUUAUUCGGAAUGACGAGAAG